AUGGUAUUCAUACCUCGAUACUUUUGGAAUUGUGAUGAAGGGAUUGGAUACGGGACGACGGUGGUGUGUUUCUGGCUGAACAUCUACUACAUCGUCGUGCUGGCGUGGGCCCUCGUCUACCUCUUCUUCGCCCUCAAGAGUCUCUUCGAAGGCACGCAGUUACCCUGGGCCACGUGCACCAACACCUGGAACACCCCGGCGUGCCGAGACUUCCACAGCACAAAUAACCUCUCCGUUCCGGGUGGACGCACGAUGGACGAGGGUCUCGAGGGCGUCAUCCCCACUGACUCCAGCUCCGAGUUCUGGAAGUUGGUAUAUCGAAUCCAGGGGAUGUCGAGUGGAGUGGAUGACGUGACAGAGCUUCGCUGGGAAUUGGCCAUUGCCCUCCUCAUCGCCUGGCUCCUCGUCUAUGCCAUCAUCUGGAAGGGGAUCCGGUCCUCGGGCAAGGUCGUCUAUUUCACCGCCACGUUUCCGUACGUGAUGUUGGUGGCGCUGCUGAUUCGGGGAGUGACCUUGCCCGGAGCAAGCGAGGGCAUCAAGUACUAUCUCUAUCCUAACUUCUCCAGACUUGGCGAUUCCCAGGUGUGGUUGGAGGCAGGGACGCAGAUCUUUUUCUCCUACGCCGUGGCGUUGGGCUGCAUGAUGGCCCUCGGCUCCUACAAUCCAUUCCAAAACGACUUCGUGAAGCAGGCCGUCUUCGUGGCCGCGAUCAACAGCGGAACGAGCAUCUUCGCAGGAUUCGUCAUCUUCUCCGUCCUCGGGUUCAUGGCGCAUACCCUCCAGCUUCCCGUCUCUGAAGUCGUCUCCCAAGGGCCAGGGUUGGUGUUCGAGGCGUACCCCCGGGCCCUCGCAGAGAUGCCAGGAUCCCCCAUCUGGGCAUCCCUGUUCUUCUUCAUGAUCCUCCUGGUGGGAAUCGACAGCCAGUUCGUCGGCGUGGAGGGAUUCAUGACGGCCGUCACCGAUCGAUUCCCGAGGGCUUUCCGGGGCCGUCGACAGAUUCUUCUCACGUUCACAUGCCUCGUGUCUUUCCUCAUCGGACUUCUCCUCGUCACUGACGGAGGGAUCUACCUCUUCCAAGUGUUCGACUAUUACUCGGCGUCGGGGCUGGUCCUGCUGUUCCUGUGCAUGCUGGAGGCGAUCACGAUCGGCUGGGUCUACGGGAGUCGGAAGAUGUCGAGGGACAUCCAUCGGAUGGUCGGGGUCACCAGCGCGUGGAGGCGAGCCCUCGACAUCUGGCUCAGGGCGUGCUUCACCCUCUUCACGCCGCUUCUUUCAUUCGCCGUGCUGAUGUUCACGAUCGUGGAAUUCGGGCCGUUGAAGAUGGGCGAGUACGUGUUCCCGGCCUGGGGGAACGGUCUCGGCUGGUUCUUCAUCCUCUCGUCCGUUCUCUUCGUCCCCGGAUACUUCAUCUAUUCCGUCGUGAGAGCUCCUGGAAACACUUUCAUGAAGUUGAUUUCUUCUGCUUUUAUCUCCUUUUGA